UGGUAACUUCUGUCUGACCGUUGACUCUCUGGGUGUGAUAGAGAGACGAACCCACUUCCACCCUCCCUGCCUCCCGCUCUGUUCCUCUGGCAUGUGAUCACUGUCGUCAGUCUCAGAAUGUGGUGAUUACCCCAGCGCCCGAUGCGGUGGAAGGUGGCUGGGGGCCUGGAGGGAGCUGGUACUAUGGCCGAGAGGGGGCCAGAAGCGCACACUCUCUGCCUGUUUGACGUGGAUGGUACCCUGACUGCAGCCAGACAGAAAAUCACCCCCGAUCUGGACGAGUUUUUCCAGCAGCUCCGGACGAAGGUGAAGAUCGGCGUUGUCGGAGGUUCAGAUUACAUUAAGAUCGCGGAACAGCUGGGGGAAGGAGAGGAAGUCAUUCACAAAUUCGAUUAUGUCUUCGCUGAAAAUGGGACCGUCCAGUACCGAGAUGGAAAAUUCGUCACAAAGGAGGUUAUUCAGAACCAGCUUGGUGAGGACUUGCUGCAGGAGCUGAUUAAUUUCUGCCUGGGCUACAUGGCCCUCAUUAAACUGCCGAGGAAGAGGGGCACCUUUAUCGAAUUCCGGAAUGGGAUGCUGAACGUGUCUCCCAUCGGCCGGAACUGCACCCUGGAGGAACGCUUCGAGUUCUCCCGGAUUGACAAGGAGGAGAAGAUCAGGGAGAAGUUUGUUGCAGCCUUACAGAAGGAGUUCGCUGGUAAAGGGGUGAAGUGUACGAGAGGAGGAAUGAUCAGUUUCGAUAUCUUUCCUGAGGGCUGGGACAAACGGUACUGCCUGGAUAUCCUGGAAAAAGAUGGGAUUAAAACCAUCCACUUCUUUGGGAAUGAGACUGAGCCGGGUGGAAAUGAUCAUGAGAUCUUCCACGAUCCCAGGACAAUCGGACACACUGUGUCAUCCCCAGAGGAAACAGUCCGGAUCUGUAAGGAGCUCUUCCUGUAGGAAUGAACUGUGGACUCAUCCUGUCACUCCCGGAUCUUGAGCCCGGGAAUUCUGCUUCUGGAAUUCAGGGAGAGGCGAACCGAAGUACAGAUUCCCCUUGCCCAUUGGUGAGCAAGUAAUUCAGCCAUGUCAACAGCAAGGAACUGUGGGAUAUCACUCCUGUGGGAUGUCACUCAUCCAGUUCCAUAUCAGCGUGACCAGAAUCACUUUAUUUGUUGUUCACAGUCAAAUGUACUUUUUUCUUGUUCGCGGCUACAAGAUGGCACUAGGGUUAGGAGAGAGAUUUCAGAAAUCUGCUUUACAGUGCUACCUAAUGGCCAAGGGCCGGUACUACACCGUGACAGUACAAGGAGAAAAUGUUGACAUAGCCAUUUAGAGUGGUGCAUGUUGACGGAAAAAACACCCCCCAAGAAGAAUUGUAACAACGGGAAGCAAAAGGGCUCUGGAAGCACAAAACUUAGAUGCGUGAUCUCUUGAACUGAGCAGAUGAGAUUGCAGAGAACUGAAAGGCAGGGCCAGGUGAAUGAAGCAGUGAUGGUGAGAGGGUGCCAGACUUUUUUUAUUUAAAAAUCCGGAAACGGGGAAAUGUGGAGGCUGGAUUUUUCUGCAGCCCAAAGUCCUGGGAGAUGAUGGUUUGAGAUGAGAAUCUGAGGCGAGGGAGGAGGAAGACUGUAUUGUCAUUUAUAAACAGCAGAGCAGAACAGGUGUUGUAGAACGGAGAAACCUUGGGGUUUUGGUACGUAAUUCUUUGAAAGUUGCAUCACAGGUAGACCGGUUUAGAAGGUGUUUAGCAUGCUUGCCUUCAUUGCUCAGACCAUUGAGUACAGGGAUUUAGGAUGUUCUGUUGAGAUUGUACUAGACAUUGGUGAGACCUAGUUUGGAGUACUUGGUCCAGUUCUGGUCCUCCUGUUAUAGGAAGGAUAUUAUUCAGCUGGAGAGGGUUCAGAAAAGAUUUACCCGGAGUGGAGGGUUUAAGCUAUAGGGAGAGGCUUGGAGUGUUGGAGGUUGGUGGGGGGGGUGACCAUAGAGGUUUAUAAAUCAUGAGGGGCAUGAAUACGUGACUAGCAAUGGUCCUUUUUCCCAGGGUAGGGGAUUUCAAAACUAGGGCAGAACGAGGAAGAGUAAAAGGAGUGAGGAAAGGGGAGGAGAUCUGUGCUGUAAGGAGCAGGGUGAGAGAUGGAUGGUAACAUGUGCAUUUUGUACACAUCAGAGAAACUCAAUAUAGAUUCAGCAAGGAGGAGUAGGAACAUUGGUAUUUAUUCUCUAAGACUUGGGGUAUGAAAGUCAUGGGACUUCCAUGACUGGGAGCAGACAUAGAGUACAGGACAGGACAGAUUUAGUGCCCACACGCCCCCUGAAAAAGAAUUGAGAGGGGGUCUAUUUGGCCGAGUCUAGAGGUGAAGGUGUUGCCCUGAUGGGGAAAGAUUUGGCAGAUUGGAUCCAGACCCAUCAGAGGUUCGGCAAAUGAGAUUGAAACCUCGUCGGUCAGAUCACGAGGGGUCAUGACAGGGUGGGUGGUGAGAGAACGUUUCCUGUCAGCAUGUAAAGGACAAAGUGUAAAACUGAAGGGACCUAUUUACAGCCGAGAGCUGGAGGAGUUUUUAUUCCCUUCCCACAGUGACUCGCUGAGGCUGGGUUUUAUUUUAAUCUAUUCAAGGCCUUGUCAGAUACAUUUCUGAUCGACAAAUGGUUUCAGAGUUAUGAGGGAAAGACAUGAAAUGGGCUGUUGAGACUACAGCCUAAUCAGCCAUGACCUUAUCGAAGGGUAUAGCAGGCUGAAGGGGCUGAAUGGACUCCUGGUGCUGCUAUUCCUUUUAUUUUUAUUCAUCUCUUCUACUCGGCCUUGCAGGACAGGCUCUGAAAGAUGUAAUGCAUCAUGGGUAUUGAUAAUCAUCACUGUGAAAGAUGCCAAUUUUCAUUGGGCCGUGUUCAUUAUUUGAACUUUUGCACUCUCAAACCAUCAUGUUUGUCCCCUCAAAGCUUUUAAAUUAAAAAUGAAAUAAUUCACUUUUUAAAAUAAUUAUUCAACGUGUUCUGCAAUUUAAAUUCUGUCUCUGCUCCUACAUGUCACUGUUGUACGCAGGCAAUUAAUGCUCAACUCUUGGAUGGUCCACGAGGUUAUUAAAUUCAAAGUUGAUAAACAAUCAGGAAAUUAAAAGAAAAACACUCAGCCUUGACGGUGAUUGUAUGUAGGAACCCAUCUGGAUCACUCAUGUCCUUUAGGGAAGGAAACUGCCAUCCUUACCUGGUCUGGCCUACAUGUGACUCCAGACCCACAGCAAUGGGGUUGACUCUU